AUGCUGGGAGCACUCGGCCAGGUGCUGAAUAGCCUUCACUUCGGCCCCCACGAACGAAAGGUGAAGAGGUAUCUCAAUGAAGCCACUCAAGAUUCUGUCCUCGAAGAUCUGAAGAUAGCCCUCGCCCCUAGAAUAAAGGAGGUCCAGCAUCUCUGGAUCACAUUCGACGCCUAUUGUGUCGAAGACUAUUCCCACCAGCGGUACUGGAACGUGAUAAGUUUCCGGGAAUACAUUGAGAAAAAGCACCCUGAUGUGGCAAAUUCCGAGGCCGUGGUCCAACUGCUGUGGAGAUGUUUCCUCUACUUUGCCUAUCACCCUUUCCCCUGCGAUGCCACUGACAGUAGCAAAGUCGACUCGAGCGGCUUCCAACGUGCUGUAUCACUUCUAGCCGUUCAAGGCACUGAUAUCCUGGGUACACAGGACGAAGGGGAGUAUUUCUGGCGCCAUGACUGCGCUUUCUUCCGCAGAGCCGAUUUCCAAAGACUCUUUAGAAGCAUUAGCCUUCCGGAGGGUCCAAACAACCAGCCCACAGAUCCAUCUCUGGAGGAGGACGUCAUGGAUAUUUUGGCCAUGACGCAGCCGCAAUCGGUGAGCUUGGCUCCUUCUCAGGAUCAGCUAGGACCUGCAUCCCGAAAGCUGCUUAGUGAAAGUCCAGUCCGGACAGGGUGUCGGGUGACUCGAAAGGAUUUGUCGACAUUGCUAAGCUUGCUUCUACGGCUGAGACUGCACAAAGCUAAAUGGGGAUCAUACUUCCAUUUUGGUACUUUUGAUAAAUCUGAGCCUGUUGUCGAAAGAUUGGCCGAUAUUCUGGUUAAAGGACUAGGCGGGGACUAUAAUGGAGAGAAACUUGGAUCUGAGCAUCUUCUUAGGGCAAUGGGUUUGUUGCCGAACUUGAACCAACGAUUCCACCAGCUUUGGACUGUUCUAUUUCAACCACCGAUGGCUGCAGAUAAUCAAAUAUUGUCACAAGUACCGGAGCCAGUAGGAGCUGUAUCUGGCGGGAUUAUUGGGGCUAUUACACUGUUUAUCCCUCACCCUAAAUUCCCGACGAGCACUCGGGCGACGAUGCAGGACGCGCGGAUUACUUUGGAAAAACAAACACAGAGGCCAGAUGACUUGACAGUGACCCGUCUUGUGAAGACCCUGGAAAAUAAUGCAUAUCCACACCUGAUGCUACUAACCAGCGAUGCAACUACAACACCAGCCACGGUGGUAGGAGCAUACUUCCCUGGUCCGCUCUGGCUCAAGGCAAAUGGAAAAGAUAUGCGCGAAUUCAAGACUGGCACUUCCCAUCUCCUCUUUCAGCUUGAGCCUCAAUUCCGCCUUCUCCGAUGGACCUGCCCUAAUAUACCGCUCACAGACAUCAUCAAUACACAUGAAGAGGAAUUGUCGCUCGAAGCUAUCGCAGCAAGUGACAAAACACCUCCGACUUCAAACAAGGUCUAUUGGAUCGGAGACCCGGAACGAACAGGUCCUGGCCUACAAAUUGACCCAGUGGCGAGGUCGGCUCUGCUCACGAGCAAUUUUACCGACGCCAACGUUGGAGUAGCCUGGUAUAACGAUGUGGGCAGACAUAGCGACCGUGGUGACAAAAUACCCAAAAAGCACUGGGAGGUGACUGUCAAGCUUGGUCAGCUCAACUUUUUCCGUCUUUCGUGCGGGUUGGACGCAGACCUCGCUACUGGGAGGAUCAUCCGUGCCAAGGAUCAGGCUCGAUACAUGCGGGAGGCAAUGAAAACAAGGAUCGCGGGUGAGGACCUGAAGAAGAGGAUUUCAGGCUUCGGAUCUACUACAUGA